AUGGAAGCAAAAUUCUUUCGCUUUAUCAAGACUGUUGGAGUUUGUUUCAAGGCACGAGCAGAAUCUGAAGGAUGUUUAUUAUAUCUCAAACUGGGUUACAGUCAUGAUGUUGAGCUUACCGUUCCUCCUGCAGUUUGUCUAUUCUGCUUCAAACCCAACGUGAUCUGCUGCAUUGGGAUCGACAAGCAACGAACGCAUCAGCUUGUUGUAGCAAUCAGAAACUGUAAGCCACCUAAAGUGUACAAAGGAAAAGGAAUAAUUUACAUUAAUGAAGUGAUUAAAAAGAAAUAUGGGAAGAAAUCGAAAUGA